AUGUCGUCAACAGUCAAGCCGCCGGGCAAGGCGGACGUUUUGUUGCAAAAGACCGAAACCUCGAAACAUGCCCACGAACGUCAGCAGAAUGCACAAGGCGGCAAGCCGUUGACAGCGGCAGAGGUGAUGGCACAUCCAGAAUACCCUCAUAUAUACUGGGAUCUACCAGCCGACAGGCAGGACAGGCUAGAAGUUGCCGCUGGUCGUGGAGGGCCUCUGAACAUCGCCUACGAAAUUCACGGACAUGGACCUCGGAAGCUUGUUGUAUGUUCCAACACGUUGACUUUGUUCUGGAUAAUGGGUCUCGGUGGACUCAUGAAUAAUUGGCAACGACAGACCAAAUACUUCGGACAUGAAAAUGCCGACAAGUAUACCUGCCUGAUUAUCGACAAUCGUGGCAUAGGGAAGAGUGACAAGCCCUUGCUUCGGUACACAACUUCAGAGAUGGCAAAGGAUGUUAUCGAGGUGCUUGAUCACAUUGGCUGGACUGAAGAUCGAAGCUUGCAUCUUGUCGGCAUCAGCAUGGGCGGUAUGAUCUCGCAGGAGCUUGGCAUGCUCAUACCCGAGAGAAUCUGCAGUCUGAACCUGAUAUCAACCGCGCCACGAAUCAUUCGUACUCUUCCCUUCUGGGAGAACCUCAAGAACAGAGCGUACAUGCUUGUUCCAAAGUCGCUCGACGAUCAAAUCGCCAAGGUCAAGGAAGACUGCUAUUCACCGCAGUGGCUGUCGCAGCCGGAUGAACUCGAGCACACCGUGCAGAAAUUUCCAACAAAUGGAGAUCGCUUCGCCGCCGGUGAGCUCAAAAAACGCACAACGCCAGGCAACAUGACUCCAGCAAGCUUCAUCUGCCAGCUUGUUGCUGCUGGCUGGCAUCACAAGUCGGCGAAGGAUCUCAAGCAGAUUGGCGACAAAGUCGGUCGAGAACGAAUCCUGGUCUUUCAUGGUACUGGCGACCACAUGAUCGAUUUCAUGCACGCGGAGAUGUUGCUCAAGGAGCUUGGGGGUGAGGAUGAAGGAGUCACGAAAUCGUUCCAUCAGGGCAUGGGCCAUGUCGGACCUAUCGAGAUACGGCAUGAGUUCAACAAGCUCAUUGUAGAUCGUGUGGAGACCACGGAACGCUUGAGUGGGAGGUAG